AUGUCUGAUCUAGGCUAUACAUUGAUUUAUGAGCCUAAUACGGCCACAAAGACUUCAGUCAAUGAAUUCAGAAACUUAUUGGAAAAAGGUAAAGAUGAUGUUAAAAUUGAUGCCAUGAAAAAGAUCUUGAUCACUAUUUUAAAUGGUGAUCCCAUGCCAGAUUUAUUAAUGCAUAUUAUUAGAUUCAUCAUGCCUUCAAGAAACAAAGAAUUGAAGAAAUUGUUAUACUUUUACUGGGAAGUUUGUCCAAAAUUAGAUGAUAAAGGUAAAAUGAGACAAGAAAUGAUUUUAGUUUGUAAUGCUAUUCAAAGAGAUUUACAACAUCCAAAUGAAUAUAUUAGAGGUAAUACUUUAAGAUUUUUGAAUAAAUUGAAAGAACCGGAAUUAUUAGAAACUUUAGUACCAAAUGUUCGUCAAUGUCUUGCCCAUCGUCAUGCUUAUGUUAGAAAAAAUGCUGUAUUUGCCCUUUAUUCCAUUUAUAAAGUUUCAAAUCAAUUAGUUCCUGAUGCUGAUGAAGUAAUUUAUCAAUUCUUAUUAGAAGAAUCAGAUUCUGUUUGUAAAAGAAAUGGAUUUGUUUGUUUAGGAGAUUUGAAUAGAGAAGCUGCUUUACAAUAUAUUCAAGAUAAUAUUUCAUUAAUUGGAACUUUAGAUUCAUUAAUUCAAUUGGCAUUUAUUGAAUUUAUUAGAAAAGAUGCUAUCAAAAAUCCUCAUUUAAAACAACAAUAUACUCAAUUAAUUACUGAAUUAAUUGAAAGUUCAUCUAAUGUAGUUGUUUAUGAAGCUGCUACUACUUUAACAGUGAUUUCAACUAAUUCUCAAUCAGUUCAUUUAGCUGGUACUAAAUUUGUUGAAUUAGCAAAUAAAGAAACUGAUAAUAAUGUUAAAAUCAUUUCAUUAGAUAGAAUUGAUGAAUUAAACAAACAAAUUCCUGGUAUUUUACAAGAUUUAUCAUUAGAAAUUUUAAGAAUUUUAUCAUCUCAAGAUAUUGAUGUACGUAAAAAGGCUUUAGAUGUUACUUUACAAUUUGUUAGUAGUAGAAAUGUUGAAGAUGUUGUUAAAUUAUUGAAAAAAGAAUUACAAUCAUCUGCUUCAAAUGAUGAUGACAAAACUUCUGAAUAUAGACAAUUAUUAAUUAAUGCCAUUCAUCAAUUGGCUAUUAAAUUUGUUGAAGUGGCUGCUAAUGUUGUUGAUUUAUUAUUAGAAUCAAUGAAUGAAUUAAAUACUACUGCUGCUUAUGAAGUAAUUAUAUUUGUUAAAGAAGUUGUUGAAAAAUUCCCUGAUUUAGGUAUUGAUAUUUUAUCAGGAUUAAUCCGUACUUUACCAAAUACUAAAAGUGGUAAAGUUCUUCGUGGAGCUUUAUGGGUUAUUGGAGAAUAUUGUAUGGAUGAGAAAUUAGUUCAAGAAGCUUGGAAAUAUAUUAGAUCAGGGGUUGGUGAAGUACCAAUUUUAUCCAGUGAAAAGAAAGCUUUAGAAUCUAAUGGUGAUGAACAAUCUGAAUCUAAUGGUAAAUCUCAUAAAAAAGGUCCAGUUGUUUUACCUGAUGGUACUUAUGCUACUGAAAAUGCUUUCACUGCCGAAGUAGAAACUGACGAAUCUACUGAAAAACCUCCAAUUCGUCAAUUAUUAUUAUCAGGAGACUUCUAUCUUGGAGCUGUUUUGUCAUCAACUUUAGUUAAAUUGAUCUUAAGAUUACAAAGAUUGAAAACUCCUGGUAAAUUAUUAAAUGGUUUAAGAGCUGAAGCUUUAUUAAUUAUGGUUUCAAUCUUAAGAGUUGGUGAAUCUAAAUUUGCUAGUAAAAAAAUUGAUGAAGAUUCUGCUGAUAGAAUUUUAUCAUGUAUCAAAUAUUUAAAUGAUGACGAAGAUUCAGAAUUAAUAGAAAAAUCAUUCUUAGAUGAUACCAAAGAUUCAUUUAAAGCACAAAUUGCUUCAAGUGAAUCUAAGAAAGCUGAAGCUGCUGCUAAAGAUUUACAUGAAAAUGCUGAACAAGUCGAUGAAUCAAUUGUUUUCAGACAAUUUGAUAUAAAUGGUACCGAUGGAGGUAAAAACCCUUCAAUUGAUGAAGUUGAGAUCAUCUCAAGUAAUAAUAAUGUUAAGAAAGAAUUAUUAUCAUCAAGAUUAAACAAAAUAUUACAAUUAACUGGAUUUUCCGAUCCUGUUUAUGUUGAAGCAUUUGUUAAAAUUCAUCAAUAUGAUGUGGUCUUGGAUGUCUUAUUGGUUAAUCAAACCACUACUACUUUACGUAAUGUUUCGGUAGAAUUUGCUACUUUGGGUGAUUUAAAAGUUGUUGAUAAACCAGCCACUGUUGAUAUUGGACCUCAUGGUUUCUAUAAAGCUCAAUGUACUAUCAAAGUUACUUCUGCUGAUACUGGAGUUAUAUUUGGUAACAUCGUUUAUGAUGGUGUCCAUUCUGAUGAUUCAACUAUUGUCAUCUUAAAUGAUGUUCAUGUUGAUAUUAUGGAUUAUAUUAAACCUGCUACUUGUUCAGAAAAUGUCUUCAGAAAAAUGUGGAAUGAAUUCGAAUGGGAAAAUAAAAUUACCAUUAAAUCAGAAAGUUAUUCAUUAAAAGAAUAUUUAGAUGAAUUAAUGAAAGGUACUAAUAUGUCAUGUUUAACUCCAGGAGCUAUAAUUGGAGAAGAAUGUCAAUUCUUAUCAGCCAACUUAUAUUCAAGAUCAACUUUUGGUGAAGAUGCAUUAGCCAAUUUAUGUAUUGAAAAGACUAAUAAUGGUCCAAUUAUUGGUCAUGUAAGAAUUAGAUCAAAAGGUCAAGGUUUAGCAUUAUCUUUAGGUGAUAGAGUUGCCACUAUAUCUCGUAAAACAAAUAAAGUCGUCGUAACAAAAGUUUAA